AUGGCGGACCGAGGCGUAGAUGUGUCCGCUUUGCCCAAAGAAGUCAGGGAGCUGCUGGCCGAGCUGGACCUGGAGCUCUCAGAGGGUGACAUCACUCAGAAAGGAUAUGAGAAGAAAAGGGCCAAACUAUUAGCCCCCUUCUUCCUCCAGUCUCACAGUAAGAGAAAUAAUCACCCCCCCUCCCCCAACCUCCCUAUUGACGGACAGCAGGCUGCGGGCUCAAGCUCCGCCUCCGCAACUGCAGGUGCCUCGUCCAGCUCCUCCUCAUCCUCGCGUCACCGUCGCUCACGGCGACCACACCGCAGCGGUGGGACCAGAGAUGACCGCUACCGAUCAGAUGUCCACACGGAGGCAGUGCAGGCAGCCCUGGCCAAGCAUAAAGAGGAGAAGAUGGCACUGCCCAUGCCCACCAAACGCCGCUCCACUUAUGUACAGUCGCCCAGUGACAAGUGUACCCCACCAGACACCUCAUCUGAUGAAGAUGAGGAUGAGGAGGAAGGUGCUGCAGGUGAGCAGCCUCAGCCGUCUCUCCCGUCUCCCGACUACUGGAUCAGUUGUGCCAUGCCUGCUUCAUCAUCAUCAUCCUCAGCGUCCUCCACACUGUCUCACGGAGAGACACGCCCUCCGCAAGCCCCCCAGCCCCAAACACAAGCCCCCACCCACUCCCAGUCUCAGCCCUCUGCCCUCGCCGACGCCCUCGCACACACAAGACUGGCUGCUGGUGUUCCCCCUGACGUGACGUCCCCUCCCCCGCAGCAGCAGCAGGUGAGACCAGGUGCGGGGGCGGGGCCCGGGGGGGGGUCAGGCUCUCGUGUAGACCUGCCCUCUAAUGCCGUGGUCAGAGGAAUGAGCAGGGGCCAGAGCCGAUCGAGCAUGAUGGAGACAGCCGACGGAAAAGGUAAAGGUGUCCCUGUGUCUAGUCGCGUGUCUACAAAGAUCCAGCAGCUGCUGAAUACACUCAAACGGCCAAAGCGGCCUCCGCUCAGUGAGUUCUUCAUGGACGACUCAGAGGAGAUCAUAGAGGUUCCUCAGCCGGAUCCUAACACUCCCAGGCCAGAAGGACGCCAGAUCAUCCCAGUGAAGGGCGAGCCAUUGGGAGUCGUCAGUAACUGGCCUCCUGCCCUUCAGGCUGCGUUGGCUCGCUGGGGCGCCACUCAAGGCAAAAGUCCCGCCCUCACGGCCCUUGACAUCACUGGCAAACCCCUCUACACUCUCACAUAUGGUAAGCUCUGGAGUCGUAGUGUGAAGCUGGCCUACACCCUACUUAACAAACUAGGCACCAGAAACGAACAGGUCCUAAAACCAGGAGACCGGGUGGCACUGGUGUAUCCUAACAGCGAUCCUGGCAUGUUCUGGGUGGCGUUUUAUGGCUGCCUGUUGGCAGAGGUCAUACCUGUGCCCAUAGAGGUGCCACUCUCCCGCAAAGAUGCUGGCAGCAGUCAGGUUGGGUUCUUGUUGGGCAGCUGUGGUGUUGCUUUGGCAUUGACCAGUGAGAUCUGUUUAAAAGGAUUACCCAAAACCCCCACUGGUGAAAUAGUGCAGUUCAAAGGCUGGCCAAGGCUAAAGUGGGUGGUGACGGAUUCGAAGUACCUGACCAAACCGUCGAAAGACUGGCAGCCUCACAUCCCCACGGCCAACACUGACACCGCCUAUAUCGAGUAUAAGGCGAGUAAGGAUGGUACAGUAGUGGGUGUUGCUGUAUCUAAGGUGGCCAUGUUAACACACUGUCAGGCUCUGACUCAGGCCUGUAACUACUGCGAAGGGGAAACACUGGUAAAUGUUUUGGACUUUAAGAAGGACAUGGGUCUGUGGCAUGGAGUUCUCACGAGUAUAAUGAACAGGAUCCACACUGUCAGUGUUCCAUAUGCAGUAAUGAAAGCUUGUCCUCUGUCCUGGGUACAACGUGUACACAUACACAAAGCACGUGUGGCUUUAGUAAAAUGCCGCGACCUGCACUGGGCGAUGAUGUCACACCGUGAGCAGAGGGACAUCAGCCUGGCAUCCCUGCGCAUGCUCGUUGUGGCUGACGGAGCCAAUCCCUGGUCCGUGUCAUCAUGUGAUGCAUUCCUCAGUGUGUUUCAGGUGCAUGGUCUGAAGCCUGAGGUGAUUUGCCCAUGUGCCAGUUCACCUGAGGCCAUGACUGUAGCUAUACGCAGGCCGGGGGUCCCGGGCGCGCCCCUCCCUGCACGAGCCAUCCUGUCAAUGGGGGGGCUGAGUCAUGGGGUCAUCAGGGUCAACACAGAGGACAAGAACUCUGCCCUCACUGUCCAGGACGUGGGACAUGUCAUGCCAGGAGCGCUGAUGUGUAUAGUCAGACCGGACGGCCCUCCUGUGUUGUGUAAGACUGAUGAGAUUGGAGAGAUUGUUGUAAACUCUCGCGCUGGAGGAAACAUGUACUACGGCCUCUCGGGACUCACCAAGAACACCUUUGAGGUAAUCCCAGUAAAUGCUAGCGGAGCUCCUAUAGGAGAAAUUCCAUUUGUGCGGUCUGGACUGCUGGGAUUCGUGGGGCCGGGAAGUCUGAUAUUUGUAGUGGGGAAGACUGAGGGGCUAUUGAUGGUCAGUGGGCGUCGGCAUAACGCUGAUGACCUCGUAGCCACAGCGCUGGCUGUGGAACCAGUGAAGACUGUGUACAGGGGCAGGAUCGUGGUGUUCUCUGUCACCGUGUUCUAUGAUGAGCGGAUUGUAAUCGUCGCAGAACAGAGACCAGACGCCAGUGAAGAGGACAGUUUUCAGUGGAUGAGCCGAGUGCUUCAGGCUAUAGACAGUAUACACCAGGUGGGACUGUACUGUCUAGCACUAGUUCCUGCCAAUACACUGCCGAAGACCCCUCUGGGCGGGAUUCAUAUAUCGGACACUAAACAGCUCUUCCUGGAGGGGGCGCUGCAUCCCUGCAACAUCCUUAUGUGUCCUCACACCUGCGUCACCAACCUGCCCAAACCGCGCCAGAAACAGCCAGUGGGCGUGGGCCCAGCCUCUAUCAUGGUGGGGAACCUGGUGGCGGGAAAGAGAAUCGCUCAGGCUGCAGGCAGAGACCUGGGAAUGAUCGAGGAUCAGGAUCUCGUCAGGAAGCAUCAGUUCCUGACAGAGGCGUUACAGUGGAGAGCUCAAACUGACCCUGACCACGUUCUCUAUGUCUUAUUAAACGCCAAGGGAAUAGCCGUGUGUACAGCGACAUGUGUUCAGCUCCAUAAGAGGGCAGAGAAGAUCGCCGCUGCCCUGAUGGAGAGAAGUGGAAUCAACACAGGAGAGAAUGUAGUGCUCUUAUACCCCCCAGGUAUAGACCUCAUUGCUGCGUUCUACGGCUGUCUCUAUGCUGGAUGUGUUCCUGUGACUGUGAGACCACCACACCCACAGAACCUGACGGCCACUCUCCCCACCGUGCGCAUGAUCAUUGACGUCAGUAAGGCUGCCUGUAUUCUCACGACUCAGAUUAUGACAAAGAUCCUCAGAUCUAAAGAGGCUGCUGCCACAGUCAACAUAAAAACGUGGCCAAUCAUUAUAGAUACAGAUGACCUGCCCCGCAAACGACCUCCGCAGAUUUACAAACCACCCACGGCUGAGAUGAUCGCUUACCUGGACUUCAGUGUCUCCACCACCGGCAUGCUGACUGGAGUUAAGAUUUCCCAUGCUGCGGUGAGUGCUCUGUGUCGGUCAAUAAAACUGCAGUGUGAGCUGUACUCCUCUCGUCAAAUCGCCAUCUGUCUGGACCCAUACUGUGGCCUUGGAUUUGUACUGUGGUGUCUCGCCAGUGUGUAUUCAGGGCACCAGUCAAUCCUGAUCCCGCCGCUGGAGCUGGAGAGCUCUCUGGCUCUGUGGUUGAGCACGCUCAGUCAGUACCGCAUCAGAGACACCUUCUGCUCCUACUCCGUCAUGGAGAUGUGCACCAAAGGCCUAGGAGGACAGACAGACUUACUGAAGGUGCGCGGUGUGAAUCUGAGCUGUGUGAGGAGCUGUGUGGUAGUUGCAGAGGAGCGGCCACGUCUGGCCUUGACUCAGUCCUUCUCUAAAUUAUUCAAAGAUCUUGGCCUGUCUGCCCGCGCUGUCAGCACUGCCUUCGGUUCCAGAGUCAACCUGGCCAUCUGUCUACAGGGGACCACAGGGCCAGAUCCUUCCACAGUGUACGUGGAUAUGAAGUCUCUCCGGCACGACAGGGUGAGGCUGGUAGAGAGAGGGGCCCCUCAGUCUCUGCCCCUGAUUUCGUCUGGAACAAUUCUUCCUGGAGUCAGAGUGAUCAUUGUGAAUCCAGAAACCAGAGGACCAUUAGGAGAUUCCCAUCUGGGCGAGAUCUGGGUGAACAGCCCUCAUACAGCGACUGGUUAUUAUACUAUUUAUGGAGAGGAGAGUCUACAGGCUGAUCAUUUCAACACCAAACUCAGCUUCGGAGACCCUCACACCCUGUGGGCACGGACCGGGUACCUGGGCUUCAUCAAAAGAACGGAGCUCACAGACUCCAGCGGGGACCGUCAUGAUGCAGUGUUUGUUGUUGGUUCUCUGGAUGAGACUCUGGAGUUGAGGGGUCUGCGUUACCAUCCCAUCGACAUCGAGACCAGUGUCUCCCGAGCCCACCGGAGCAUCGCUGAGAGUGCUGUGUUUACCUGGACUAACCUGUUGGUGGUGGUGUCUGAGCUGUGUGGCUCAGAGCAGGAUGCACUGGACCUGGUUCCCUUGGUAACCAAUGUGGUGUUAGAGGAACACCACCUGAUAGUGGGCGUGGUUGUGAUCGUUGACCCUGGGGUCAUACCCAUUAAUUCCCGUGGAGAAAAACAAAGGAUGCAUCUCCGUGACUCUUUCCUGGCAGACCAGCUGGACCCUAUCUAUGUGGCCUACAACAUGUGA